CUGACACUAUCGAGGUGUUUAUUGAAAAUUAUAAAUAAUCUUAUAGAAAUAUUACAAGACAAAGUGUUUCUGUAUCAGCCAACAAUCGUAUCUAUUGUAAUUUUUGCAGGACACGUCGUCAUUAAUAUAGCUGAAAGUUUCUUAAAUCCAAGUAACAUUGUGGAAAAUAAAAAUAUAUUGCGAAUUUUAUUCAAAUGAUUAUUGUUUAUUCAAGUUCGGUCGACGCUAUCUUUGAAUGGCGCCAAUAGAGGGCAUGACCGGAGCAAAUGACAACAUUUUAUGUAACAUUGCAAUAUAAUAAUAAAAUUAGGAACCACAGAAUAUAUUUAAAAACAACUAAGGUAGAAUUUAAAUUGUACCAUUUAAAAUAAAAGUAAUUUAUUAACGAAGAUCGGGAUUUUUAUUGUUAUUUGUUGUGAAAAUGUCAUUACCAGACAAAUGGGAUUACUGCAUUGAUUCGGAAAUCGAUCUGGGUUUCUGUCAGGAAUUCCAUGGUUACACUAUGGUACAAAGGGUAGCCACAGAUGAGCGUCCAUUUGAGACGCCCUCUUCGGAUGAGAGCGGAUUGGGGCGGAGCGACUCUCCCAGCGAGGACUUGGAACCAGAGGCAGCUUUGGUGGUUCCACCGGACGGCGGUUGGGGCUGGGUGGUGGUGGUAGCUUCAUUUAUGUGCAACUUCAUCGUUGACGGCAUAAUUUUCUCUGGAGGAAUGCUGUUGACUCCCAUACAAAAAGAGUUUAAAGCGACUGACGGUCAAGUGGCACCUGUGAAUUCAUUAUUAGCGGGAUUUUAUCUUUUAGCGGGGCCUUUCGUAUCAGCUUUAGCAAACAAAUAUGGUUUCCGCGUUGUUACAAUAGUGGGCACUCUCAUAACAAGCACUGCAUUCGCCUUAUCAUAUUUCGCGGAGAGCGUCGAGUAUCUUUAUCUUGUGUACGGCGUCGUGGGAGGCGUGGGUUUCUGUAUGAUUUACAUGCCGGCUGUACUCACUGUGGGUUUCUACUUCGAACGUUGGCGAGCGUUGGCCACGGGUUUGGCGUUAUGUGGCUCGGGGGUUGGCACAUUCGUGUUCGCGCCCCUAACUGACAUGUUGAACGAACGAGUUGGAUGGAAAAUGACUAUAGUUAUACACUCUGGGUUAGUGCUCUUAUGCAUCAUAUUCGGAGCUAUGUUCCGACCUAUAAAUCCCGUCCGCGUGACGUUAGCUGACAAACAAGACGAAGACGACGAUUCGAGAAGACACGAAGAAGCUGUGGAAAAAUUGAAUUCUAUGUUGAAGCUGCAAAGCAAACUCGACUCCGGUAUAUCGAUGCCGGCAGAAAUGAGAUUCACUAACAAAGUCAGUCCACACACCUGGAUGGGCGUAGCAAACAACACUCGCUAUCCGACUGCGGAAGAAGUGUUUAAAGGGAGUAAUUCCCAUAUAAGCAGACGAUCGUCAGCCACAGCCGGUACCAUAAAGCAUAACCUGGGAAACAAGCCCAUGUUCAUAGCUUUACCAGUCGCCGAGAAGGACGAACAGGAAGACUCUAACAGCAACAUCGAUAACGCUGAACCUCUCAUCUCCAACACGAUCAAAGUCAUCACGAGGGACCAAAGACCGCGUAGGUCUCACAUGGAUCUCGUCGCGAGGCCGUUCUAUCGUGACGACAUUUUCUUCAGCGGUAGCUUAGCCAGACUACCUCAGUAUACAUCGAGGACUUCAUUGGGCUACCACUUAGCCGUAACCCAUGUACCGACACAGGAGGAUGCUCAAGAGGAAGUAUCCAAACAAUGUCGCCUAUGCCCAGAAUCGGUCAAAAGAGCUCUAGCAACAAUGCUGGACGUAAGUCUCUUCAGAUCGCCUACAUUCAUACUUCUAACUAUGAGCGGAUUUUUCACGAUGUUGGGCUUCUUCGUACCAUAUAUGUACGUGAAGCAGAGAGCUGAGAGCAAUGGCAUAGGUAAAGCAACGAGUGUUAUGUUGGUAUCUGCUAUAGGAAUAGCGAAUAUCGUGGGUCGUAUCGCGUGUGGGCUGGUGUCCUCGAUGCCUAAAGUGUCUCCGUUAUGGCUGAACAACAUAGCUUUAUCUGCUGGUGGUGUCGCUACUAUGAUGAGCGGACUCUCCUAUGAAGAGUAUUUCCAGUUCGGUUACUGCACUAUUUUUGGAUUGGCUAUCGCAUGUUUCGCGUCCCUUCGUUCAAUACUCGUAGUGGAGUACAUCGGUCUAGAACAACUUACUAAUUGUUUUGGACUAUUCCUACUUUUCCAAGGCCUCGGAGCACUCCUCGGAGCACCAAUCGCGGGCGCUCUCAUGGACAUGACUCACAGUUUCGACAUAGCGUUCUACGUGUCCGGCAGCUUCCUAUUAUUUUCGGCUGUUAUAAUCUAUCCCGUAGAUUAUGUGAGCAGAUGGGAAAAAUCUAGAAAUAAACUCGCAUCACAACCAAAUGCGUAAAUUAAUAUACGUUACAAAAAGAAUUUAAAUAGACAUUGAAGAACAAUUUCCGUUCAUUAAAACGGAAGUGAGUGAUCUUAUAACAUCCUUUUUGAAAAGUCCGUUUUAGGAUUACGUUUUGGGCAAUUUUUAUUUUAUAACUAUUUCGACUAUAUCACUGCCUUCGAUUUUCCAUAUAUAUUUUUUUUUAUAAAAAUAUACACGAAUAUGAUAUGAAUUAAUAUAUGGCACGAGAUUUUAAUAUUAAAAAAAAAACAAUAGGAAAUUUACAUCCUUAAUAUUUUGAGUAGAUCCAACUUUUGUACACGAUUGUACUUAUUGUUAUACAAAUUUUUCUAUGAUUAAAACUUAUACAAUAACCCUAAGAUAUCCUCACAACACAUAUCUUUUGUACUUAAUUAUGAACAUCACAUACUUGCCAUAUCAAUAAUCACAUUUUUUAGUUUAUUUAAUUUAAAAUCAUUAGUACCUACAUUUACAAACCAAGAGAAAAAUAUCAUAUAAUCCUAAAGGCACUUUUAUAUUAUAUGUCCUUAAUAUUAUUGGGAAUAUACAAUUAAGUUUAUCCCUGGCGGUAUAAUUGGUCAUACUGCGGAGGGAUCGUCCUGCGACCCCCAUAGGGUAUAGAUGCAUUUAAAAUAGGUUAAUGAUAAAGUAGAAAGACUUUAAAUGUUUUUUAGCAUGGAUUUAUCCUUAUACUCGGACUUUGCUUGGUAGAUCUGAGCCCUUAUGUACCUUUAAUUAGAGUAAGUUAUUUUGUCUAUUUCAUUAUGAAUUACAGUGUCUCCCAAAAACAGAAAUGUUAAAAUCACUGUAUUGUUUAUGCCAACUUAAAUAAGAUUAAGAGCUUGUUUACAAUAUUAUGAACAACUUACAAAUAUAUGUUUUUAAUAGAAAUUUUCAAAUAAACGCGAUCGCUUAAUAUUAGUUUCGUAGUUACUGAAACUUCGAAUUACAAAGUGACGUUCAUAAUCUGUAGCCUGUAUUGUGAGAUUGAUAUUUAAAAACAUUUUUAUAAACUAUAAAACUUUAAGUUACAUACCUACAGUAACCGGCACUAACUUUGGAAGAUUUUGGCGAAAUGUUGAUAAGUUUUGCCCAUGUACCUACACUUGGCGCCACAAAAAGAUGUCACUUUUGAUGCUUGUCACUAACAAAAACAACGGGUUCAAUUGAAGUGCUCGCAAGUGUUUGCGGGAGCGAACAACCAAUCACGCGCACGGAAUUGUGCUGUCUCUAUCCCCCGUCCCGCAUUAUACCAAUGACACCUAAAAAUCGCAUUCUGUGCAUCUAUCGCCCCCUGCUAGAUUGCGUGCCGGCUACUGUACUUAAAUUAAAAUUUAAAUCAGUUUCUAAACGUUAUCCUACCGAUUGUGUGGCGUUUGACAAUUAUCCAUAUAUAAGCUCACGAUGAUAUGGUAUUCGCUUUUGUUAUUAAAAUACAAUACAACGAUUGUAACGUCGUUUCCGCCCCGUGUGGUGCUACAUUAGCCAAUAGAAUACUUUAUAUUAUAAUACUUGUGUAUCCUUCAUAAACGGUGAGUGCCGAUGCCUAAUAUAAGACUAUUAUUAUUAUUUUAGGUAUUGCAUACAUUGCAACGAGUGAUUCUUAGGUUAAAGUAACUAUUGACGUUUGUGCCUUAAUAUAUAAAGUGAUACUUACCUUAUAUGUAGAUAUAAAAUUCAUAGUAAUAAAAAACUGUCUAUACAAAAUUUUUAUUAAGACAAUGAUGUUCCAAUGAAUGCAUUAUUGUAUAUUAUUAUAUUUAGUUGUAAUUUCCCUAAUUUUAAUCGAAUAUACUUUAAGUUAUACGGCUGUGGCUGUCAUUAUUAGUUUUAAACCUAACUUAACAUCUCGAUAGAAAAAUCAUAGUCAUAAAGUCAAAGUAAAUUAUAAAGAAAGACGAUAAACUAAAACUUUAUAAUUAAUUGUUUUAUCAUAGAUUUUGAUUCAUGUUAUUUCGCUAGUGUCAUGUGGGGAACAAAAAAAAACUUGGGCUACAAUUUGUGUAACAAUAAUUAAUGUCACUGUCAUUUUUUUAAGUCAGGAAAAUUUGGGUAAUGUUUUAAUCAUACUGAUUGUUGUUUAAGUUAUUCGACUGAUUCUGGUCUAAUAUAUGUAGGUAUUAUAUGGAUGAAAUUUUUGUGUCUGUUUUCUUAGUGACUAUGAUUUUUAACUGAAUAUUAUUUAAUGUCAUUUUUGGUAUGAGAGCUUGCUUGCUUUUUAAUAUUUAUUCCCAGAAAUAAUGCAACAUUACGUAUAGUAAUGCAAGCAGGUCUUGUUAUACCAUAUAAAAGGGUUAUUGCCUAAGCUGCGACUUUGUAUUAAUAAAAAAACCUUUGUUGUUA